UAAAAUUAUAAAAAUUCAACAAAACCUAAUAAUCCGACUACCAAAUUCAAAAAGUUGCCAACACCCUAAAAAAACCUACAAAAAAUAUGACGAUAGACCGCAAAUCCCACCAAAAUCCAGCAUUAUCUAUUAAUCCAUCAAUUCAAAUUAGUAAAAAUAUCACAAUGAAUCGAAAAUAUUCAAAAAUGGACAUGCUUCGUAGACUUAUAAGUGUAGGAGUCAUUCUUCAAUUACUAGGUAACAUUGGUCUCAGUAAUGGUGCUAUUCGAUCGAUACGCCUUGUCGUUGAGCCAGUUGCUGUACGGCGUGGACAGAGUGCAACACUUAAAUGUCUUUACGAUUUAGAUGGUGCACCGCUCUUGUCUUUGCAGUUUUAUCGUGGAUCGGGUGAAUUUUAUAGAUAUUCACCAUCCCAGCAUCCGAUGAAGAGAGUUUUUCCAUUAUCCGGUAUAAAUGUUGAUACGAAUGCAUCAAAUGCUACUCAAGUGGUAAUUAAAAAUGUAAGUUUUGGCCUCUCGGGGAACUUUUCAUGUGAAGUGACGGCUGAUUCACAGUCAUUCUCUACAGCAUCAGCAGCAGCACAAAUGACUGUAGUUGAGUUGCCAGAGUCACGUCCAACAUUAUGGACAGAAUAUGAUCGUUAUGAGCCGGGUGAUGUGCUGAGAGCAAAUUGUAGUUCACCGCCAUCGAGACCACAAGCUGAGUUAACGCUUACAAUUAACAAUAUUGUGGUCUACUCAGCAGAUCUUCAAUACUUCAAGACAAUUGAAGGCCGAACAGCAUCAAAGAUCAACAUGCGAGUUCAAUUACAAAGCAUUCAUUUUGGCGGUGGUCCAGUGAUGAGCGGUGGUGGACAAUUAAUAUUACGAUGCACAGCACAAAUAGGAAAUUUCUAUCAAGAAUACACGGAAAAGGAAUUGGGGGUGCCACAAAAGGAUCCGGUUCCAGCGAGAGUUACCUCCUCAAUUGCUGUAGAAACAACAAGAGGAUCACUUACAUACAGCAUCAUAGCAUUUACAUUCAUCACAUUGAUAUACCAACAAUUUUCGAGAUAGUUAAAUUAAGAUGGGAAGUAAAAUAAUGAUGAAAUCUAAAAGAUAAAGUUUUUUUUCUUUCUCCACAUAUUUUUUAUGAUUUUGAAAUGAAAAUAAAAAACAUAAAUGUGUGUGUAUAUGUAAAGAUGCUCCCACUUUUGUUGCUUCAAAAUGAGAAGUGCAUCAUACAUGUAAUUUUAUAUUUUUUAGCUGAACAUAAAAAAAGGAAAUGUUAUCUCGUUUUUUAAAUUUUUCUUCUCUUCUUCGUUUGUUCCUUCAUUGUUUCAUGAAAUGGAAGAAUUGAUAUGAUGCAAAAAUCAAGCCUUUGAAAAGUUGAUUUUAAUGAAGUUUGAUGAAUAAAAGAGCGGGAGUUGAAAGCUUUAAGUUGGAAUGCACUUAACAAACAAAAUCUAUGGUUUUAAGGUUUAAGUAUGCUAACGACCUAGCAUGUUUAAAAUAUUUUUAUCUUUAGACCAGUGCUUCUCAACCUAUGAUCUGCGAUGCAGUUUUGUUUCGAGAGAAUCUUUAAUUUUUUUUUCGUAAGAAGUUUAAUAUGUCGAGGUCAAAAAAGUUUGAGACCCACUGCUUUGGACCAUCAACUUCUGCUUUGAAGGACAUCCAAGAGCUGAGAGAGUCUUGUCUCUAACAAAAUGAAUUAGAAGUGUUGGACUAAGGUUUUAUAGCUUAAAAACCAAAUCAAAGUCUUAAUUUUGUCAGGUCUACUCAAACAAUCCUCCACGAUACCCUUUUAAGCCACCAAAACCAUCAAGUUUUCCAGAAAACACAAAAUAUUUGCCACAUUGUAACAUUCCUUCGUUGAACAUUUCGUCUUAUUGUUCAACGUUUCUCGUUCCUUAACAAAUCACAUUCGUCACGAACUCAUUUGUCUUCCAAAUGUAUUUAAAAUGUUAUAUAAUGCAACACGUACAUUCGCAUUCAUUCUCAUUUUCUUUGAAAGCAUUUUUCCUUCUUUUAUCUCAAGUUCCUCUUAACCUACAUUGCUUGUCUAUCAAUAUUUAUCUUCAUUUUUAAAUAAAGAAUGUUCAGUAAAUGUUUGUUUUUGUGUUUCUUAACUCAUCCUAUGAGUUUUUCCUUGAUUGUGGUUGUUGGGUAAAUUUUUCUAUUGAUGUGAUUUUCAAGCUUUAAUAAAUAAUUGUGACUUAGUAGGGACGUAUAUUUAAUUGUUGAACUUAGUAGUGCUGGAUUUUGAAUAGCUUAUAAAGUUCUGUGGUCUAAAACAGUGUUGGGAAGUCUUUAUUGAGUCAUUCUACAGUCUAAACUUUGUAAAGCGGAACUUUACUGUUCCGCAAAAUAUUUCUAGAUGUGUCAAUAGUAGUUGCCAGCGUGGGGCGGGAACAUGAACGGAUGAUCUACUGCUUCUUCACUGCUCCGUGUUCUGAAAAGUUUGAGAAAAACUGAACUAAAGAGUCAAAUGAUAUCAUUGUGCACCUAGUAGAGUCAAUAUACUGAUAUAAGCAGAUUUCAAAUAAGUUUGGCACAUUAUAGAGGAUGUAAGGUCAAAUUCCAACAAUUUCUGCCGUGACUACGCCACAAUGACUGACAAAUGAUCUUAAAAAAGACUAGUUUUAAGUCAAGUUUAAUGAAUUUUGUCUAAUAGAUUCAACUUAAAAUAAAAACAUUCAUCAAAACUCUUCAAAAGCUUGAUUGUGCUUUAAUCUUCAUUCAGAACAUCUAUCAACUAAUCCAAUUGAAAGCUAACAAUGCGAUUUAAAUGAAACAAUGAAUAAAAAGCGAGAUGAAAAAACGAGAAAGAAUGAAAAACUUUUUCUUUAUUAUUAAUUUGUUUCAUAUAUGAUUGUGAUAUAAAAAAAAUGAGAAGAAAAAAAAAAUUAAAAAAAUAAAAAUUAAAUAAAAAAGCGAUUUGUAGAAGUUUAAUGUGAAAUUAAACAGCAGAAAGAAGAAAAGUUAAGGUUAAAAGUAAGUUUAAUUAAAAUUUAAUACAUACACACAUAAAUAUGAUAAGUUUGUGUAUACAUAAGGAUAUGCAUACAUGGAAAAAUUAUAAAUAUGAAUAUAUAUACAUAAAUGAGAUACAAGUUUUGUGCAAUAAUUGUUAAGAGAAAAAAAAAUGUUAUCAGAAUGAACAGUGAUGUUUUCAGUUUCUGUAGAAUGGGAAAAUUUCGGAAUUUUUCAAAUGAAAUUUUUAAUUAAAAAAUUGAAUGAAUGACUAAAGUUUCGGAAUAGUUUGAUUAAAAAUUCAAAAAAUUAAUUCACAAAAUCUUUUUAAUUAACACAAAAAUAAUUCAUCAAAUUAAUUUAAUCUAAAAUUGGAACCAUUAAACCUCAAAAUCACAAAUUUAAUAAUUUUCACAAUUUUUUGAAACAUAACUGGUCCGUCUGUAAAUAUAUGAAAGUGAAAGAAAAUUAUUAAAUGAAUUAUUUAAAGACCCUAGCUGGAGCUGGUUGAUUGAUGUUACUUAGUGUUGGCUACAUCUUACUUACUUACUUCGCUGGUCGUACAGAUCAAUUGUAAUCCAUGACCUCCCUUAUACUUUAAGUGGCUAUACCUUAAUGUGCACUAAUCAAUCGGUUCUUGAAGAAUUCACAAGCCCAAAAGGCACACGGCAUUAAAAAUGUAGCAACACGCCGAAUUUCACCAAAUUCGAAGUGGUGCCACGAUCGUGCGAUGCUGGACGCUACAUUCACAGCCAUGCACACGUCGUGUGUCUUUUGGGAUAAAAUCACCAACAAAAAAAUCCAAAUUUUGAAAAUUCUUGCUUUUAAAUCGUCAUUAGUCAUUAAAUGAUGCUCAGAGCUGCUGAUUGCAAUGCCAAAUUAGACAAUGAAUUGAACUUUCACGUCUUUGACUUUGCUUGACAAUGAAUCCUUGCAAAUCGACAACUUAUGCAAUGAUUGAGGGCUCAGACUUUGAUGGGAAAUGAACCAACGUCUUCAUUAUAAAAUGUGUUGUCUAACCUUUCUCGACUACACAAAGCUUAUUGUCACUAUGGCAGAUUAGCCUCUACAUGGUUCAAUAUCACAUAAGGAACCCUUCAUUCUUCAAUAUUGACCAUUACCUGAUCUCUUGACAUCUACUUCCAGUCCACUUAAGAUAGUUUCAUCUUAUGUAAAGUCUACAAAUUGUAUCAAAAUUCCACAAAUUAUUUGAAUGGACGAAGUACCUUCAAUAUUUGAAGACUUAAGCAAAUUUGCCCGAAUCCAACAUAUAAUCUUAUCCAUCUCAUAACCUCAAAAUAACCCCAACAAAGAUGAAAUAUCAUAGAAUAUAAAAGCACAGCAAUCAAAAUCCAAUGUCAUUUAUAUCAUGUGAUAUGCUACAGUAAACUAUUAAUUUAGUAAAUACUUACCUUACAUCUUUGUUUGUGUGUUACAUGAUGUGAGCUAUGACAUGUAACCUUACAAAUGUGUAUAUUUUGAUAAGUGAGACUAUCAAUUAUAUUUUGUGGUUUAUACACUUUUGACUUUUCAAGAGCUUCCAAAGUUAUGGGAUUUGUGGUUCACGUCAUGUGAAGAUUUUUGAUUUUAAAAUUGAAGCUUUUCGUCUCUUGUAGCCCACACAUACUCAUAUAAAAUUUAAAAUUCACAGAUUAUUCACCUUAAAAUCUUUUGUCAUAAUGCAAAGCAAUCACUAAUUUUGAAUGAUUAUUUUUUUUAAAUAAAAAAGUAGCAUAAAAAGUAUGAAAGAAAAUUUUUGUAAAAAAAAGUGAAAAUGAGGAAAUGAUUUAUAUAUUUCUACCGUCUAUCUAGCUAUCCCCACUAAAGUGUUGUAAUAAUGCAAGCAAAAGAAAAUAAAUUACACAUUUAUAUAAGAAAAUAAAUGAAUUAAUGAUGCAUAGAAUAAAAGUUAAUUAAACCUUGCGGGAAUGUCCAUGGAUUUUUGUGGUUGGGGUUUGAGGGGGAAAUUUUUGAAAUUAAGGUUGAAAAUGUCUGGUCGGGAGCUAGGAGCGGUUUCUAAGACUAUCUGAGGUACGAAAGAAUCGAAAAUUGAUGAACUACAGUUUAAGGUGCAAAAAAAAGUUUGACUAUGACUUGGAAAUGUGCCUUGAUUGGUCUUAGAAACUGGCUCCUGACACUGAAUUGAGACACUAUUUCGACUUAAGUCUUAAUUUUGGCUCAAAAAUUCAAUUUUCAUUGAAAAAUAGUAUUUAUUCCUUUGAGCAAUCAUAAAAAGUACAGACCAUGGCAUAAAAAUGAUAUUUGAGUUCUAUGGUCGAUGUCAAGCAAUUUAUUAAGGUUGCCACUCCACCAAAGUACUCCAAUGUCUCAAUUUUAGUGCUCUGAUGAUUCCAAAACCUUAAAAAAUCACCAAAGCAUUAAUAAACCUACUCCAGAACCACCUCAAUUUAAAAAUUCCCCCCUCUCAUCCCCACCUACCGAAAAUCAACCCCGCAAAGCAAGCACUGCACGAGCUCGAUACCAAAAAAAGGCAGAAGUAAAAAAAAAUUGACACCUUAAAGCUUCGGAUAUCAUAAAAGUUAGGAAUAAUAAAAAAUUUGCAAUUUAAGAAAACAAAAUUUUUUUUAAUAAGAGCUUCAAAAUUCACUUGAAAAAUUAAUGUAAUGCCCUGUUGAGGAAAGCUACAACAAAAGAAACUCCUUUUGUUUGCAGAAGUGAUUAAGAAAGUUGUAAAGUUUCUUAUUAAUUUAAAAUGAAGGAAAGAAAAGUGCGACGACGAAAGAAGAUUUAUGAAAUUUAAGUCUGGAAAUUUGGAUUUUUUUUUGCUUUGUUUGCGAUUUGGAUGAGGAUGCGGUUGGAGAAGUAGAAGAAAUGAAUUUUUUACUUCAGAAGAUUUUUAAUUUAAACAGAUUUGGAGAUUCAAUGAACUUUUGCAGGGGGUUUAGGUUAUAUAAUGGUGUCAUACACCUUUGAUGUGACAAAAGUUUGAAUAUUGGAUGAAGGAUGAUGGAGGUGAACAGUUAGAUUUGAUUAGACAACUUAUUUUGUAUUUACUUUGAAUUAAGUUCUUGUUUCAUUUGUUAUCUGGAAGUCAAUCAGUGUCAAACUUUGACUCUACAUAUGUAGUAAGAUUCAAUUUGUCUUGAUAGAAAAGGUUGAACAGAAAGACUUAGUAUAGAUUCUCGCUGAUCAUGAUAGAUUUUGCAUCUAGUCAGAUGAUCUAGAUUCAUAGAGUAGUUAGGUUUUCAGGAGAUCUGAACUAAAUAUCUUAGAUGCUUCACAAAAACCAUGUGUAAAUCUUUCUAUAACUGCUGCAUGUGUAUACCAAUAUAAAACAAGUAGGGUUCAAUGGGAAUCGAACCCACAACAUCAAAAGAGACCAUUUCUGACUAAUAGUUCAGAUAUCCCUGCCAUUCGGCUCCUGAGUUACUUAUCUCACUUUGGCUAUCCAUCAUACACAAACAACCAGUUUCACAGUGAGCCCUAUGCUCAGGUCCAUCUACUCUUGAUAUGCCCUUCAAACCAUAUCCACAACAGGCAAUUGAGUUUAAAUUUUUGGAAAAAUCCCAAAAGAAAAAUUGUCAAUUGAUUAGUUCCUUAUCUACAAAAACAAAAUUAGAUUCAAGCAUCGCAUCCAGUAUCCAAAUUAAAAUUCAGUUCAAGCUCCAAAAUUUCCAGCUUUUCGUCAGUCUUCCUCACAAUACAACCAAAAAACAAUCUACCACGUUUUCGCCUGGAUAGAUAAACAACAAUAAAAUAGCUAAGGAACAAAUCCAAAAAAAAAGAGAAAACACAAACAAAAAAUAAAUAAAUUCUUGUGAAGUACACAAGCAGAAAAGUCAUGAAGUGCAAAUAAAAUUGAAAUUUGUAAAUAAAACACUUAAGGAUGAUUAUAAAAAUAAGUCACAUAAUUCAUUCCAGCUAAAGAAUAACGAAGAUGAAUAUAAUUAAAUUUACAAUAGGACAAAAAAAAUGAAGUAAGAAGAUGAUUUUUAUUUCAUGGCAAGAACGAGCAAAAGAUGUAGAAAUGAAAUUUUGUUUUGUGUGGAUAAAAAAAAACUUUGCAAAAUUUUACUGAAAAUAAAAAAAAGGAAAAAUGAGAAUAAAUUAACAUAAAAU